GGCCUCAGUGUGCAGUAACAGUACAGUAGCGACCUGCGUACAGAAGCAGGAGAUGGGUGAGUCGCCGCCGAGGCCCGCGUUAUCAGAGUCUUCGUACAACAACAACAACAACAACAAUGCGCGGACUUGAGUGACGCAGUUAAAAGACCAUUAGCACUCUUCUGCUGCGGAGCCGCGAGUGUUUGCGCGAGUGCGUCCGUCUUUUCUCCGGCCGGCGUUGUUAGUUUUUCGAAGCUAGCGGGCUAAUGUUAGCGAGCGGAGCCAGGCCCAGCGAAGAGUUCACUCCCGUGUUUGUGUCCGCGACGCCGCUGAAGAGGCGGACGUUACCUGCUGACACCACCGACAGACACAACAGAAAGCCCCCACGCCGUCAGGCACUCGUGCUGUUUCAAUAGCGCACUAACACGUUAGCUUAGCCCGUACGCGUUAGCUAACCACAUUAACACCAUGAGUUCCAGGAGGACAGGCUAUGCUGGUAGCAUGGAUUCCUCUCCGUCGAACAGCGGCAGCGGGAACCGUAAACAGAGUAUAAUCAACGUCCCCGACAGGCCCGGCGCGUCCUGCUAUGACCGGAAGCCGGACAAGGCUGCGUACGGAGCUCCGCAGGGCAGCGUGACUGUCACGUCGCUGAAGUCGCGCCUGGCCCCGACCAUUCAGACCGCGAUGUCCGCCGCGGUGGACACUCUGCUGGGCGAGGUGGUGCUGGUGCUCAACGAGACGCAGCAGGAGCUGCUGCACAAGGAGCAGGAGAACGAGAGGCUGAAGGUGCGUCUGGAGGUGUCGGAGAGGGAGCUCAAGAGCCUGCAGGAGUGUCUGUGCAGUGCCCAGAAGCUCAUAGACCAGCUGCAGAUCUCCUACUCGGGCCCUCAGUCCAUUGGCCAGUCAGUCUUCGCCCCGUCCCUGUCCUCCAUGGCCUCGCUGACCUCUGGCUUGGAUCGGGACCACCAGAACCCCCGGAGUGUGAACGGAGCCGGCGUCGACCUGGGCCUCGGCGGCUCUGUGGACGAAUCGCUUCACGGGUUCGAGUCGAGGGACGACUACAAAAUGUGCCAGCUCUCGAUCCAGCCAGACGGCUCCGUGACUAACCACGCUCUGGACUCCUUCACGUCCAACACGUCCCACAUGUGCUCAGAUUCCAGCAGGCCAGAUGAGAGGCAGCCUCAGGGACCGGGUGGAGUGUCCAGGUUUGAGAUUAAAGAGGAGCAGGGACCAUCUUCCGGCUCCGGUCAGCCCAGCAGGAAGGAAUCUGGGUUGCGUAACGACAGCCAAGUCGGGGACGGAGAACGCUCGUCCCACAACGUGGGCGACCUCGGCUAUGUUCAAGUGGGGGAGGGCGGUUCUCAGCGUUCCUUCACGCACCCCCUGCGGCACCAAAGGUCUUUGCGAGAAUGUGGCGAUGCCUUGCAGCAGGGCGGACUUGAUGGACAGAAAGCUCUGGCUAGGACUUCUGGACCCGGGAGAGGAGACAGUGUUUCACCGGGCAGAGCAGAGGACUCCGCGGGACCCUCAGCCCCCGACACAGCAGGGGAGCCCUCUGGAGAUCGGCCUCACCACUGCCUGGAGUGUGGAAAGACCUUCCGCUUGAUCUCCAGCCUGAAGAAGCACAUCCGCAUCCACACGGGAGAGAAGCCGUACCCGUGUGCAGUCUGUGGCCGCCGCUUCCGCGAGUCGGGAGCCCUUAAAACUCACCUGCGCAUACACACAGGCGAGAAGCCAUACUCCUGCUCCGAGUGUGGAAACUGCUUCCGCCACUUGGACGGUUUGCGCAAGCACAGGCGCACGCACACCGGAGAGAAGCCCUACGUGUGCGCCAUCUGUGGGAAGCGACUGAGCCGCCUGCAGCAUCUCAAGCACCACCAGCUCAUCCACACUGGAGAGAGGCCGUGCUGCUGCCCCUUCUGCAACCGCAGCUUCAAGGAGCCGGCGGCGCUGCGGAAACACAUCCGCACGCACCGGGAGGAAGGCGGUCACAUGGGAAUCGGCGCCAGCGACGACACCGACCCAGAUGCCAUGGACGACAUAAACAACCUCCAUCCGGCGGCUCCGUCCCCUCAGAUGCGGUUUGGCGAUUGGGGAGCAGAGGAGGACGACAGCUCAGUUGUGGACUGUGUGUAGGGGACGAUUAGAGGAAUAACAGUCGGUCAGUGAUCUUAUCAUAAAACGUGGAAUACGGUGUGUCUGUAGUUUAACAUGAUGCAUAAAGAUCAUCUCCGUUCCGAGUGAAGAAUCGGGCUACAUAUAACCCUAGCCUUUGAGUUUGGUUUGUAUCUGACAUCUUCAUGUUUUCCUGUCUGCAGCAAAGUUUUUCUUUUGUCCCGGACGUUCAUCAAACAGCAGCAGCUGCACUGGCGUACAACAGGUUGCUCUUGGUAGAAGUGGACGAGAUCUUUGAUUGAACUCUCACUUAAUAAUCAACUGAGUCGCCACUGCUGCUGUUUAAAGAUCGUCCCUGGACGUUAGUGAGGAGAAACUCUUUGGAUUCUAGUCACGAGUGUUUUAAAGCCUUAGGCAACUCAAAUCCAGUGGACAGAACUAGAUGCAUAGUGCUGGUCCAUGCUUCAUGUGUAGAACAAACCAUAUACAUUGUGUAGUUGGGCUUUUUGUUUUUUUUCUGACUAAACCAAAGCAGAGUAUUAUGGUUUAAUUCUUUGAUCUUGAUGAAGUGUUCAUCACGUGUGGGUCUAAUACUAGCAGUGCUGUCACAAAAACUGACCAACACCAUCGUGUGGACAUUCCCAUUUCACUCAGAGCAUCGGAUCUGUUUCUCUCUCAUUCUCCAAGACCAAGGAAAUCGUACGUUUAAACUAUAGCAAAUCCCACGUGAUAACUGGCUCCUAUUUACGACAUGAACGGUAUAUUGAUGUAUCCCAGUUCUACCUCAGUACUCAUUCUCCAUGACGACGAAAACACACCAUUAGAAAAAAACUCAACUCUUAAUCAAUAGAAAUGAUUCCCAGUUUGACGCAAGCGGUUAGAUUUCGGCGGCUCUUCCUGUUUGGCACGACCCUGCUCCGUCUCUUUUCACUGCGCAUCCCUCAUCAGUUACACAAUCGCAAGGUGUCAAGUUUGAUGAUACCAUAUCAAUACAAGCAUUUUAUUAUGAUUUUUUAAAAAAAAAUUGGGGUUAUUUUGACGAGAGAGUGGACGUGAGGCUUGCACGCUGUAAUGGACCAUAUCUUAUCAUUCCUUCUUUUUAAAAUUCAAGCUGCUACUGUCUGAAUAAAUCAUCUUGUUUUCCGUAACAAUUGUUACUAGCAACUACUAGCGGACAAACUCUGGUGCUUGCAUGUGCAUAUUUGUUUCUCCGCCGGCAGCGCUGCCGCAGGCCCCCCUCCCCCCCCUGUAAAUAAGAUUAUAGUUUUAGGCAUUUUAUCCAGUUUAAUAAGGGUUAAUAACAUUUGUGGAAAAGUUAAUGUGCAACAAUGGCUUUAUGCUUUCUUAUCUUUUUUUAAUGUAACGUGCUUUGUUACCAUCAGUAUGCUUAGACAGUGUAAAUAUAUAAAUCUUAUUAAAUUUCUCCCUGGUGCUGGGACACGACGCGACCAACGCAUCAGGUUCAUCUGCAGAUUCUUCCUCUCGGCUCGUUGAGUUCCUCUGUGGGUCUCUGCCGUCAUUCACCACGUGUACUACUCUACUGAUCCUCUACGUGCAUUUACCAGUGUAAGUCAUUCUAUGGUAAGGCAUUCAAAAUAUUAAAUACACGUCACUGUAUACCCAGAAUACCAUCGGCCACGGUAGACCUUAUUUACCCCAGAUAAUCGUAUUUAUUGUUUGUAGUGUUACAUACAUGGGGGCUCUGCAUGUGGGGUUUAAACUGAAAUGGCAUUCUUCCUGAACAUGUCAUGAAAUGUGAAAUGGAUUACUUUUUUCUUUUUUUAUGCCUCUGUCUAAAAUAUAUUCACCUCCAACCAGUUACCUGUAAAUGUUACUAUAUUAAAGGGCCCUUGUUUGUAUGUCUUGUCCCUCUGUUGCUGUCUGCUCAGUAUCUCUCAUUAGGGAGAGAUUUCUUUGAAAUAAUGAGUUGGUCUUUUAGCCACCAACAGCCAAAUAAAUAUUCCUGACUACAUUUACUGUCAGACAAAUUAAACCACACUAAAAUGAUCGAGCAGUGCGGCACGAGUAUGUCCUAAUUUUAGAUCACCUGUCUGUUCAUCCCAUUUCUGCAAUGCUUCACUUUCAGUCUGUACAUUUCAUUGUGUCAUGGUACAGUAGGAAAACCACAUGAACCCUGGAGCAGAGUUUCCACACCAUCUGAAACGUUGCCAAACAGACUUGUGUGUGCGCUGUCGGCACGCCCAGGGAGAUCCCAAAUAAAACGUACUCUUCUCA